AUGCUACAACAAGAAGAACAAGACUAUCAGAUGAACCACCCCAACUUCAACUGGAAUUCAACAGUAUGGAAUGCUAAAAUAUCCCCAAAGAUCAAAGUUUUCUUAUGGAAAACCAUUCAAGAGGUUUUACCUAUUGGGGAAAACCUCCUGAACCGAGGAAUCCCAGACUCCGCUUGCUGCGUCCCCUGUGGAGAACUAGAGACCCUGGAGCAUCUCUUUUUUCACUGCCACUUCGCAAGAUCAGUAUGGAGCAUGGCACCUUUAUCUGUACCGCUAGACUCAGCCCACUUCCAAAGCUUCCCCGUAACCCUCACAUCUUCGAAAGACUGGAUUAGCCUUCCUCCCACAGGCGUAGGCAAUGGACCCCUGUUCCCAUGGAUUUGUUGGUCCCUCUGGAAGUCGCGGAACUUCUCUCUGUUUGAAGAUCGCCAGUUUUCCCCUGAAGACACAAUGAGUAAAGCUAUCAGAGAGGCAAUCGAGUGGCAACAAGCACAAUACCCGUCUAAGACUAACCAAAAACGCUCUAACCUAGCUACAAAGACAGCAACGAACCCCAAUGCCUUUACCUGCUUCACAGAUGGAGCCUGGUGUAAAGACACAUGCAUCGGAGGAGCGGGAUGGAUUUUCUUCGACAAAGAGGGCAACGAACAGCACCGAGAUCAAUCAGCCGAACGGUUCGUCUCGUCCUCUCUCAUGGCGAAAGCAAUGGCAAUUCGAUCGGCUUUAAACCAAGCUUUAGAUCACGGCCACACCAACCUCACACUCCACUCAGACGCUCAGGAUCUCAUCCGAGUUAUCAAUUCGCAGGAGCAAUCAAAGGAGAUCUAUGGUCUUCUCUUUGAUAUCUACACUCUUGCUUCAAUGUUUGAUUCGAUCUCUUUCCAUUUUGUGGCUAGAUCUAAAAAUUUGUUGGCUGAUUCUCUGGCAAAGAUCGCCAAGGCAAAUUUAGUCGCUUCAUUGCCCGAUAUGGGCCCCACUUUGUAG